AUGAAUGUGGAAAGGGGGAAGGUGCGCUUGUGUGGGAGGGAAAUGGAAAAAUCCGGCCCAGUUCAGCACAGUGUGGGCACAGGAAUCGGAAAUCGUGGAAACCUGGGGAGAGGGCAUGGCUGCAUUGCCCCCAGGUGCCCGUUGGCACAUCUCCUAAAUUACAUAGGCCCGGUGGAGGUAAUUGAGGUUAGGAGGCCACAGUGUGUACAGAUCCAGGUUGGUCGCAGGCAUUGGUAUGUGCACCCGUCACGACUGAAACCAUAUUUUCCACCUUAUGAGGGAAAUUCAUCUCCACCAUCUGAUAACUGGGUGUGUGAUGUGUCCGACGGGGACGGACGUACGUUUACGGAGGUUGCGCCUUUGCGAGACUCUGUUCCUCCGUCCGCAGGAUCCCAGGGCUUGACGCCUCAUGGAACUGCCGGCGAGUGCCGCCCACAGGCGGACCGGGAUGGAUGGUACAACCGCCACCCGCUUCUUCCUCUCCUCCGUCUUCGUCCCAGGGGGGACCGCGCCCGUUGGACCAGCUGCUCGUCACCCCCGGAGUCCCUGGGGGACACGUGCCAGGCCCUUACGAGGGACCGGCAACAAGGACCCGUUCAAGACGUAUCCGAGCCCCUGACUGCCGACGUGAACUGCGACCCCGACCGGGCUGACCCUGCUGCAAAGGAGCCCUCUGCUCUGCCAUCGCUUACCCUGCCGCCCGGCAUGCCGGCCACGGAAGAGCAGGAGGCAGUUUCUGUCGCCAGUCCAGCAUCACGGACUCGCUCCGAGAUGCUUCGAUUUCGUUGAA